AUGCACAUCUUACCAAGGGAGUUUGACCUUGGCACGGUGAUGCGACCCACAGAAAGGAAGUUUGGAAGGUUUACGGAAAGAGAACGAUUCAAGCCUCGAGAGACCCUGGUGGGUGGUGGUGGCCCAUUUAAAGAUCUAGUCGAGUCUCUUUCUCAUCACCGCUUCCCUCCAUCUCCGCUGUUAUACGACGGAGAAGAAGAAGAAGAAGAAGAAAAGGAAAAGGAAGAGGAAGGGGAAAAUGAUUUUGCACCAUCCCUGGUUAUGGUACCUGAAAUUCUAGAAGCAGAAACAGAAACAGAAACAGAAGCAGAAGAAGAAGAAGAAAAAGAAAAACCAGCCACUCUUGUUGUUAGUACGGAGUAG